UCCUCCUCCUUCCGCCUCCCGCCUGUUCUCACCCCUUCUCCCUCCUCCCUCUCUUCUUUCCCCUCCUCCCUCUCCUUCGUUUCGUCCGAAUCCUGUUAGUCCGCAGCCAUUUGGGCCCAAGCGUUUUUCGGCGCAAACUUGUAGACCGUAACAUCUUGCGUAGUGCAGCAUGCGUGGCCUCGUCCGCUGCGCUUUGCUCGUCGCGGCUCGCGCCGCCCUGGGCAUCCAGAUCCUGGAGGCGAAGACCGGGCAUCAGCAGCGCCAGAGCCUCAGGGCGAGCGCGGACGCGCUCAGCGCCGCGUCCGCCGCCGCCGAAAACGACGUCGCCGCGGACGAAAGCAGCGCGCAGCAGUCCUCGGCCCUCCUCGACGAGAUCAGCGCGCAGCAGUCCUCGGCAGUCCUCGACGAGAUCAGCGCGCAGCAGUCCUCGGCCCUCCUGGACGAAAUCAGCGCGCAGCAGUCCUCGGCCCUCCUGGACGAGAUUAGCGCGCAGCAGUCCUCGGCCCUCCUGGACGAGAUUAGCGCGCAACAGUCCCCGGCCCUCCUGGACGAGAUCAGCGCGCAGCAGUCCCCGGCCCUCGUGGACGAAAUCAACGCGCAGCAGUCCCCGGCCGCCCUGAUCGAGAUCAGCGCGCAGCACUCCUCGGACCUUGGCGCCGAGCGUGUGAACGGGGAGGACCUGAUCGCACAGCUCAGCGGCGAGACGAGGGAGCGGCUGAGGAGGCUGACGGGCGCCAACAACGACAAGGACCUGGCCGCGGAGGUGCUCCCCGCGCCGGUCGAGGGCAGGCUGGUGCUGGUGGCGCCCCCCCACUUGCGCAGGCAGCAGCGCGCCGCCAGCCUCCUCGGCCUCGGCGCCGCCCGCGCCGAGGCCGCCGCCCAGGCCGCGGCCGCGGCGUCCGGCUCCGGCGCGGGCGUCUCGGAGUUCGCGCCCUCCGCCGAGUUUCAGGCCGCGGAAGCCUCCAGCGAGAGGGGCCAGGUCGACAGCGCCGCUGAGGCCGUGGCUGGGGUUGCCGCUGGACUGCCCUGGGGCGUUGGCUCGCCGCGCACCGGCGACUCGCUGCCCGUCUACCACUACUCCGCCAUGCCGAUGAUUGACGGCCCCAAGGAGUGGGAGUACAGCCUGGAGAGCGGGGACAACAUCCAGAGCUUCAGCAGCGCCCAGCAGGACGUGAAGCUGCUGACGCAGGUCUUCGAGAAUGUCACCAACGGCUUCUACGUGGACUCCAACGCCGGGGACGGCGAGAUCGACAGCAACACGCUCCUGCUUGAGCUUGCUGGCUGGCGCGGCCUCAUCAUGGAGCCCCGCCCAUACUAUUACAUGAACCUCUGGAGCAAGUGGCGCAAGGCCUGGCUCUUCCUGGGCUGCCUCUCCCCGCACGAGAACUCCACAAAGAUCGGCUUCGACACCGACGGCAACAUCGACAUGCUGAGUGGGCACAAGAUCCACGCCCACCCCAUGAAGGCCUUCAUGGCCGAGAUGGGCGGGCGCAAGACGAUCGACUUCUGGAACCUGCGCAGCGGCAACUACGAGGCCGAGAUUCUCAACGAGACCCUGCUGGGCUCCGGCGGCUUCCUCGAGUUUGGCGUCGUCCUUGUCCGCUUCGACGGCCGUCGUGCGGGGCGCGGCACGGAGCCGUAUGUGCAGAUGAGGUCGAGGGACGCGACCGAGGAGCUCAUCUUCGAGAUCUGCAACAACGCCAGCCUGAGGCACAUCGGUGGCCUCGACCCGUACUGGAUCAACCACGUCGAGCCGCGCUACGGGUUCAGGGACGAGGUCUGGGUGAAUCCCAGGUACUUCGAGACGCGGGGCAUCCCGACGCCCGCGGCGAUCAAGUCGGCGCCGCCCCCGCCGCUGGCCGACUACUCCCCGCACCCAGCCGCUGGGACGGGGGACUUCCCGUGGGACCGCGGCUACAGCAGGGUCGAGGAGAUCGGCAGGGUCAAGCUGUACUUCAACAAGAGCAAGUCGGAGGCUGCCCUGAUGGAGCCUGUCCCGAAGGCCCACCGUGUGGGCGCGACGAAGCUGGUCUAUUAGGCGACGAGCAGCGCCUCACAUAGGCGACGAGGAGCGCCGUGUGUCCCAUUUUGAGCUGGAUGCCAGUGAGUUUGGUUGGGCUUGCGGCGCAUUCAGAUGAGAAA